AUGGCCAAUUACUACGACAGCAGCCAGAAAUACAACACUCAGUCAGCUGUGUACCAGGCCUCUGGAGCAAAGUUCAUCAAGUACAAAGAGAUUUCCACCCAUGGAGCUCAUGAUAUGACAUCAUUUGAGUACAAACGUAACACUUAUCUGGCAGUGGCAAGCUACAAAAAUCAAACAGCGUUUUGUACAAGUGGGUUUAGAAAUAGGGACAAAAGACGAAAAGUGUGAUGACCAAGAGUCUUAGUUGCUUAUGCAUUGGUGUAGUGAUAGUAUUUGCUCAAAAAUCGAAGAAAAAGGUUCAGAUUUAAAGAUAAUCAAAAUUUAUAUCUUUGAUAAAUUAGUGUUUAUUGAUUUUUUUAAGGGUUAAAUCAAUACUAAAGCUGUGCAUUUAACAUGUACUGAAGUCUGGUUUCUUUCUAAUUUUGUAUGAGUAAAUACCUUUCACUUUUAUUGAUAAAAGUUGAUCCCAAGAACACUACUACCAGAAACGUUCAAUAUUCUAAAAUGGACCAAAAUACCCUCAGCUCAUUUGUUCCGUGUGUGUUUUGUCACAGAUAUCACAUCUCCUUCCACCUUCACACCCUGAUGAAAGAGAUCAGGGGUGAUAUUUCCAUCUAUAAAAUAAUUCAAAUAGUACGCGCGCUCUGAUUGGCUAUAGAACCAUUUUACAUGAGCGUAUGUAAACACGGUUUUCGUUCCUCUUUCAUUAGUUAUUUUAUAAAAGAAAUGUAAAAUGGUUUCCGUGUUUACAUAGCCUGAUGUAAACACUUAGGAGGUUGGGAGAACACUCAAUAAGCUGGAAACCACUCCGCUUCGCGUCGUGAUUUCCUACGCCUAUCUCGUGUUCUCCCAACCUCCCGCGUGUUUACAUCAGGCUAUGUAAACACGAAAACCAUUUUAAAUUUCUUCAUUAAUUCUGAUUUCUUUUGGAUCCUAGAAUAAUGUAAGGUACCAUUAUUCUAAGUAAGAAAAUAUCUUCGAGAUUUAAAAUUUCAGGCAGUUCAUAACAUUCUUUGCUAUUAUAACUCUGUUGACUUUAACAAAACCAUUAAUGUGAUAUUACAAUUGCUAUAUAAUUUAUGAUCUCCUCCUCAACUAGGGUUACUGCGCACAUCACUUAUUAUAAACAUUCUUUCUUUUUGCUUUUAACAGCCAUAGAAUUGAGCUCGGUGACAAGUUUUUAGAUUGAGCAAAGUGAGGAAGGAGGCCAAGUCCAGAGUAAGGAGAUAAGGAGUUUUCGAAAAAUUGUCAAAUUAGUUUACCUUUUCGAAUGCAAAUAUUAAAAAGAAAAUAAAAAGAAAACAAGAAUGUUAGGGAACUUGUUUUUGAAGCUAUUUGAGUUUACAAAAUGGAGUUUUUAUUUAAGAAAAAAGUUCAACUGACUAAAGAUGAACUGUUGAAUACCACAAGGAGUAAGCACAGGUUUCUUUAAUUUCAGAAUUAAAACUUAUCGAUGGCUCUGAGCUUUCGACAUGAUCGGACUUUUCUGUCUGUUUCUUCAAUACAGUGUAAACAUGCCCAAUUAAUCCCGGCUCAACAAACCGUGAUCUUUUUCGUGACACUAGGUUACCACAACAACAUCACAGCCUUGAAAUAGCCACAAAACAUCCGCUUUAUCAGUUUAAACGCUGAAAAAUUUGCGCGAACAAGUAUCCCAUUUUCUUCCCACACUUAGACAAACCCACGGAUUUCUAAUCAAAAUAAGUCGGAGAUCCUACCGUCUGAUUUUCUGGACUUCCUGUUGCUGAAAAGAGUGUUCAACAAUAUAUUAUGUGAUGUUAACAAUUGGUAUAAAUGAUCACUUUUGAGACGAAGUACUGGAAAUUGAAAUAUCUAAAAGGAUGUAUUGAUCAGAUCUACUUUCAACAGAUAUCAUAUUAUGCAGGCGAUACAACCUAUUUACUGUGGAUAGGUAACGGGGAGCAUAAAUUCUCUACACUGAAGAAACAACAGAAGCAGGCUAUCUCGCGUAGCUGGUGGCUAUUCUUGUGUGCUAAAGCGACGAGGCUUCUACUAAAAAAAUAUGGCUCUAAAUGUUUAAUGCUUCCUUAUAUAUUUAAAAGGCAUUGUUAUGUUCUCAAGUUGUCCUGCUCUCGAGCUGAAGCAGCAAAAUUUCUGUAAUAUAUUCUAGAAUAUCUUUUCUGUGACAAAAUUAUAAAAGAACUAAUAGUAAAAAAAACUAUUUCUCUGCAAAAACCAAAUUUGCAUGAUGAUCUCGUGUUAAUACAAUUUUGUCAAGUAAUCCCUAGUUAAACAGCUUGUAUGUUGUAUGGAAACUCGGUGAAGUGUAGCGAGGAGCCCUUUUGGUCCAGAACAAAAUGAAAAUAGCACUUCUAUUAAUUAUGGGCUUGAGGACUCAAAUUUAUGUCAUUUAGAUACCUAGACCUAAAACGAGCAUAUCCUUUUCAGAUAUCACUGUAUUUUUUUUUCAGUUUUUUUUGGCUGCAAUAAAUCAUAAUCCCAGCUUUAAAACUCAUGAGCCUAUUCUCUCACAAUUCAGUUGGACGGUUUUAGUGAACCAAGUGAACGGACAGUUUACAAACAGAAAGCAAUUUAUAUUUCAUCUGGACACGUCAGCAUAACGCCGCUACACGAGAUAAACACAGCGGGGUAAUAAAAUAGUGUGUGUGAGUCAUUUGUUCAACUUGAUCAGAUUUCAAACGGACCAAGGUAUUUACUUUCACUUGUCAACUUUUUUGGUAAGAAACCCUAUUGGCGAUAAGUCAUAAUUUUUUUCCUCAGUGACACCCUACUCUUCUAUGUUGUUCUUAAGGUUAUGCCUUCUGCCUCGUAAUAAAAGAAGGAGAAUAUUAUAUUCUCAAAAUAAUUGCUAUUUUCAAUAUAACUUGUUACUCUGCAAUGCAGGUUCAUUUCAUCGUGGCAAAGCUGUCUCGUACAUCCUUCCUAAUAUUUUUAUUCGCACAUAGCAUUCAAUAUUAACAAGGCUACUUCAUAUUGAAUUACACGUCAUCUGCAUUAUAAACCAGGAAAGAACCGAAAGAUUCAAGUGAUGCUCUACUAGGAAAAAGGAUUUUAUUUAAAGGAAACUUUGGAAUUAUGCGACUGAUGAUAUUUUGCUAGUUAAAAUGAUAAUAAGGUGAAUAAUAAGGUCUCGUCAGUCGCUUUUCAAUAAUUGUGGUACAGUGUUCUGAUCUAUGGUUGCAGUCAGCCGAUUUUUUUUCUUUCAACCUUUCUUACAAUAAAUAGCGACGUUACAAAUACAUUAAGCUCCACGAGAAUGGUUUUAACAAAAAUGUGCACACUUACAUCCUAAAUCCACGGCAGUUUACUAUCUUUAUUUUAUUUUAUUUUUAUUCAACUGUAUUCUAUCUUGAAUGAAUUUGCGUGUUUUCCACUUAGUAAAAGCAAAAGAGAAUUUUCUUUCAACUCACAGUAUUCAUAUCAACUAUCACAUUUUUGAAAAAUUCCUUAAAAUGAUGUAAAGCGAGCUGAGUUUUUGCUAUGGACGCCUUUCCUUCCACAGAUCAAAACAUUUAUUUUUUUUACUAUUGAAAUUAGUGAGAAUUUACCUAAAGACCAAACAACUCAUCAUCACUGAUAAGGGUCUAAAUUCUCCUUACCAGAUCACUGUACAAGAUAACGAUGUUUUAAGGAGACACAAGAAGUCCAUUGUAGUCAGUCAGUUAGCAUAUCAUAAUCCAUAAACUACAAAUUCUCAUUGCGAAUUGUAAACACUACUCACAACACAAGCCCUUGGACAUCCUGAAUUUUCCUGUUAUGAGGUAAAAUAAACAGAGUUGGAAAGUUGUUCCCUUUAUGCUGACUGAUUUGUCUGCCAGUUCAUAUCGGAGGGCGCUGAGAGUAAAAAUGUUUCGUUUAUUCUUUGUGUUGGCUCUAGCCUUUUUGUUGAGUUCCGUUGCAAAAUCACAGAACAAACCUGCUAAUCAGGUAACCAAAUUGUAGUCUAAUCGGAGGAAAAAAAAACGUAAACCUAGUAACGUGAUGAGUAUAGUAAAUGUUAGAGACUAUAUAGUUGCCUUUGUGUCAAGUUAAUAUUACAACGAGUUUGAAUGACUGAAAAUUACUCUGAAUAGUACAUUUCUUGAGAAACGAAGGUGUAACAUGUGAAACCUUUUACAAAGUUGAAACAAAAGAAGUAUUAUGUAGAAGAUAUAAUUUUUUAAGACGUGACUUUUGUUGCUGUUUUCGUUUAUCUGUGCUUUCCCAAUUUGAACUGAUCGCCAAUAUGUUCAACAUAGGACAAGAUGGACGUAAUGGGACAGUUGGAGCAAAGGUUAUGUAUUUUUAAACGAUAAUGUAACCAUUGUUAAAAAGAUUACACUGAAACGAACCUGAGAAUACAAAUGUGUUGAACUGUAUAUGACGUAUCAAAGAUGGCGGCCAUAAUAUUCGUUAUGAAAUUAGUUAGCACUGGCUAGCCUAAAUUACGCCUGCUUUGCAGGCUAGGCUUUUGGUUUCAGAAUAGGUUUGAUCUGCACAUCGUGGAAACUUUCGAGAAAAAAUUAAAUUAUUCGAAGAGAGAGCGUUUUACCAUUUUAAUCAGCGACUAAUGCGCCAAUGAGCCGCUAAAUUCGCGAAGCAAGCAAGGUCUGAAAUACCAUACCUUGUGUUUAACAGAGUGACCCUAUUCAAAGGAAUAAUAGAACGGUAGAAUGACGGAUUGGUGGAAUAGCGUGUUGGAGGAGUGGCGGAAUAUUUUACAACGCAGAAUGUCUUGUUGUGUGGAACGAAAGUCUCACAAAAAUGGAAUUGCAAUGGAAUUAGAAAAAGAAGAAAAGAAGCAUAGUUUAAUCAUUAUUGGACCAAGAGGACAGACCGAUAGAGGAACGUUGUGGUUCUUCAGCCAUAUAUCAAUACCUUCUCCAUUAUUAUUAUCAUUACUGAUAUGAUGGUAUGAUUAUUUGUCACCAAUUUAUCAUUGGUUAAUUAUCAAUUAGUCACUAAAAGGUAAGUUUUUCGUUUGUCCCACGAUGCAGUCACGUGUGAUGUAGAUCGCGACGUUUCGACUGCAUACUGCUAGUCUUCUUCAGGCGAUGAGGUCGUUUUGUCAUGCGUGAUCUUAUAAAGCAUGAUGCUCUGCUGUGAUUGGUUGUUUUUCAACAGCUCUGAUUGGUGCAUUUCGAUCCUUACUUAUCACUCAGUGAUUUGCUCCCUCGGCGGUCCGCUGUCGUGCGGCUCUCCUGUUAUUGUGUUUUUUGAUCGUGGGCAUCUACGCUUCUGGAAUUUCUAUUCCAUUAUCCCUGUUGAUGUUGUUAGGGUGAAGUCUAAUGUGAAUUGCCUCUUUGACCCUGCGCGUGUAGUAAUAAGGAUCACGAUCAAUAAACUUUACUUCGUUCCAGAGUGGCUUGUGUCCGGUGUUGUGGGCGUGCUCUGAAACGGCGGAGGUCUCGGUACGGGCGAGUCGAAUGUCUCGAUCGUGCUCCUAAUUAGUCACUAUAUUCUUGAAUCAUCUUUCUAUUGUGUAACAGGAUAUUCAUAAAUGUGAGAUGCGGCAGGUUUUCUGCUUUUUAUGUGAGACAAAUCUUGUACAACACUACCUUUCAGCAUCAUUAUACACUCCCCACUUCUUUUCAAUGCUAUAAAGAUUGUGAUAUAUUAGUAGCCACCUGAAACUGAACUCCUCAUUUCUUUGAUGAUUGCCGUUUAAGUGCACAGUAAAACGUCCCUUUCAAUUUUAACUGAUGCAAGCUGAAGGCAUAGUUGGUUGGAAUAAGUUUUUUACUUGUUUUGUUUUAAUGAUAAAUGUAUUUAAGUGCACAGUAAAACACCCCCAGAUCAAGGCACAAACUACGUUGUAUUGAAGAAAAUAUUUCUAGAGCUUUUUCAAUUAAUUAAAGAUCAGUUGAAGAAAUUAUGCUGAAAAGACUUAUGGCCAUUUAGAGGACUUAAUCGUUUUAUUUUAUAAAAUCGCGUUACGAAGAUAGCAGCAAAAUCAAAGACGGCAAUAUCGAGCCGUGUACAUCAGCCACUAGCUAAUUUUUUGUUCGUGGUAUACUAUUUCUGUUUAAUCAAUUUUGUUUGUAUUGCCUCUACUUAAAUUAAAGCUUUUAGGGAAUUCUCAUUAUAAUUUACAAAAAGUGAAAUAACACCUUGCACAAUGCGAUGAGUUCAACCUUUGAGACACUUUUAGCCAAUUAAAAGAGGCUUGACGCAUCGUCUUUGAUGGAUGUAUUUCUCACAGUAAGUCGUGUGAUCUCUUGAAAAUGGCGUCAAAAACAACCAAUUAUUUAUUAAAGUUUAAUCAUAUAUUAAUUUUUAUGACACAAACUAACGAGAAUACGGACUUUUAGAAACACCCUUAAUUUGAGUUCAAUGUGCCUGCAGUUAAAAGACGGGUUCGGCGACCCUCAUAGUUUAUCACUGAAUUGCAAUCAGUACAGUUUAUUAAUAUUCAUCUUUCUCAAAAAUCUUUACAUGCGAUUCUAUUCAAGUCGUUCUAUUCCCUAUUUAACUUUGAAUAUAUAUUUAUGUUCUGAUAUGCUGAUUGCAAUACAGUGAUAGAGAAUUAUGUGUUUUAGAGGAUGGAAUGCUGCUUUGGUAACAUUAGUUUUGUAGAAAAACUUGUUGAACAACAGUUUUGCAUGUUGAAUGAAUAGAAAUUCCCGAAAAAGAGGAAUCUGUUGAAGCUUCUGUAGGUUACAAUAUGGUUGUGAAACCCUUCUGAGCGAAUAACCAGGAAACAACGAAUGAGAGGUAAGAUCUGUUAAUCACUUCUUUUGUUUGUUUUUUUUUUUAUCAAAGAAUGUUCCACUGGUUUCCACUUCUUUGAGAAAGUUUAAGACUUACCAACCAGAGGAGCUGCAGCUGUUCAACAUUUUACCAUCAAUGGAAGUCUGUUCCUCACCUUUGGGAACAAUCAUGGAGAUAUCCACAAAUUCAAGACGAGCUCCGUGGUUUACAAGAUGGAUGAACCGACUGAAAAGUUCACAUUCUACCAGACCCUGCCAACUAGAGGUGCAUAUGGCCUUGAGUACGCUUAAGUUAAGCUGCACACUUCAAGUUCUUCGCAUAAAAUAGAGACAGAUAUCUCACAGUGGCAAACUAUCAUAAUGGUAGUACCCACUCAACAAAAUCAGUCAUCUACAAAUGGAGUGGCGUCAAGUUUAACAUGUUCCAGGAGAUAGCAGCUGAAGGUGCCAGGGGAUAUACGGUAUUUGAAAUAAGCAGUGUCACAUACAUCGCUUUCGCUUACUAUUACAACCCUCAACAGAAGUAUUCUGUACAGUCCACUGUCUUCAAAUGGUCAGGAGGACACUUUGUCGAAUCACAGUCUCUUCAAACUUACGGGGCAUUUGACGUCUGUUAA